UAACAGCAGAUUCAAGAGCCAUCUGUUAGUGAAAGGGAAAUAUUGUUCGUUAUUUAAAUAUCUAUCAACGUUCAAACGUCUGUGAUUAUUUGUGUGUUUGCACGCUUAAUUAAAAAUUUAUAGAAUUUUUUAAAGUAAGAAUAAUGGAACCUAUGACAUUGGGAUCACCUGUUGGAAGUCCUGUGCAAAGUCCUGGAAGUCCAGUAGCUUCUGCUUAUCUUCCAAGUUUCCUGUUAGGUGAUAGCACAACUCCAGCUAAAGUAAAUCUAGCAAGUCCUCAGGAGACUCCAAAGCAAUUGCACAUUGGACAUACAACUCUGUCAUCUCCACUCUCACAUUAUGGCACUCCAGACUAUCGUACUAGCCGUCAGAAAGCAGUAUUUGGUGGUGGUAAUACCCCUAAUACUUCUCAAAUGGUCACAGAAAGUCACACAGGUGGACCACCGACCAGGGGAUUAUUUGAUACUCUAGAAACAUCUCAAACAUCAUACAUGUCACCAGCCAAUCAAAGCAUUCCCUGCAAUCAAACUAGAAACUUAAUGAAUACCAUGAAUGCUUCCAUAUUCAAUGAUAGUUCAUUAAAUCCAAAUAAAAAUGAAUCCCAGGGACUUCUGCAAUGGGUAACCGUUUUUGGUUUCCCUCCUAGUGACACGAACACCGUUUUAGCUCAUAUUUCGAGCAGAGUUCGUAUAGUGGACAAGCAUCCGCCUCCGCAUGCACAGAGCAACUGGAUUCAUUUGAAAUGUGCUUCAGAACAGGAAGCACAAAGAGCACUCGCGUGCAAUGGUAAUAUCGUGUCUGGAUCUAUUAUGGUCGGCGUAAUUCCUUGUACGGAUGAGGGUGUAAUACUAGGUUCUGAUAAAGAAAAUCGUUCAAGAAUAAAUGGAAGUAUCAAGUGCUUCUCCAAUCUAAGCAGACUUAAUCAAUCACCGGAAUACAGUACACCGCGUACACCGGUUAGGAUACAAAAUGCAAGACCUCUGGCAGCUGGUUAUAAUCAGCUUAGUCCUCAGUCAGUGAGAGUGCCAGAAAAUGUACCACAGAAAUCUACGGGUCUAGUUUCUAAAGCGAUGGAAUAUAUGUUCGGAUGGUAGUUCUAAUUAUGAAUGUUAUUUAUUAAUGACAAUUAUUAUUUAGCGCGUAAUUAUUUUUAUCAGAAUUGGAUACAUAGAAACGCAAAUGAUCGAAGAGAGGAAUAUUUGAAGAUGUUGAAACAUUUGUUAUUUUGCUAUAUUAUAUUUUUACUAUAUCAGUAGUAUGAAAUAUAAAUCUUUAGAAACAUCAAAUAAUUAUCACACAAUGUUAUGUUCAAACUAUAUUUCUAAUGUUAUUCUUUUCUAUUUUUAAACUAAAUACUAAUCACAACAUACUAAACUUCUCUAUUGUAAUAUAUGUAACUUAUGAUUAAGCUUUUAAAGGUAUUUUCGCGGUUUCCCGCCACAUAUAUUGCACAGAUAUUAAUUUAAAUGGUCCGUUUCUUAGUGCACACAUAUCGUCUAAGAAAUAUUAGCAAAUGCUUUUACAAGCAAGCGACGAACUUGUACUUUUAAUCGUGU